AUGGAGACAACUAUUUUGAAAGUUAUUUUUUCUGGAUUUGUUUUUCUUUAUUUUUAUGUGAGUUUCAAAAAAAAUGCAUGGGGAAUACAUUGGAUUUUUGUACUCUUAAAACCUUCUGAAUCAUAAAAUUAGGAUUUUGGAUGACUAAUUCGGAGAAAGCUGUGGUGUAUUCUUAACAUUUUGAGAUUUCUGGAAAUCCUCUAAUUUCAGAUUUUCAAAUAACGCUUCUUGAACAAUUUUAAAAAAUUUUAAAAACUUUUUUUCAAAAAAAAAACUUGUAUGUUUCAAUUAGGAAUUGAGAACUCAGAGUUCCAUUUUGGUAAUUCUUUAAAAAAAACUUCAAUAAUUCUCCCAAGCCACUUUUAAUUUCACGAUCCCUAAUUCCUAUGACAGUUCAAUUAAACCAUAUACAUGAUUCUCACAAAUUUUUAACCGUGGUAUAUCAAAGAUCUCUCCUAACAAACAUCCUGAAAACCUGAUCUUUGUCAAUUAAUCGAAGAAGGUUCAAAGUCACGUUCAAAGUCAUUCAUUCAAAAAUAGUUUGGUCUCUUGAUCUCUCAUAAAACAUAGAACCACAUUUUCUAGUUUUUUUAAUGACAAAGAUCACGUUUUUUUCUUGGCGAAGGUUCAAAAAAAAAAGGCAAAAUUGAAAAAGAAACGCCGUGCUUAAGAAACAUUGCACAACUUUUGAAACUUUAUCUAACUAAAGUAUUCUUGACUCCAAUUUUUUCUGAAAACAUGGACACUGCAGUUAGAAGUUUAGGCUUCGUGGGUGGUCUUGACUCACAAAAUCAGCUUCCUAACAGCCUCCAACUUAGAAAAAAACAAAAACCUCAAAAAACUUUUUCCAGUUAUACUAUGAAGAAAUCUACGAGUUUGCGCACUUGCAAGCAUAUGGCUCAAACGCUUGGCUCGAUAUUUCGCAAUUUUCAAACUGCCCAAAAUGUCCAGACAUGAAAAACAAACCAAAUUGUUAUUCAAAUCCCAGUGACUCAUCUUUAUGUGGAAAAUGUUUCGAAAUUUGCUUUCCCUCAAAAACACCAUCACAAAAGGAAGAAGAACUUGCAAAGAAAAGGUUUGUAGAAUUACAAUCACAUUUUUGUUUGUUAUCAUUUCUUUUUUGUCAAUGAUAUCUUGAACAUUUCAUCUCCUAAAUUAUCACAACAAUAGUUUUGAUUCAUCUCUUGCUAUGUUUGUUGUAUGAAACCGGAAAGCGAUGAAAUACAUACAACUAAUAGAAAAUCACGUGGUGAUUGAGAAAAAGGCGAAAGAUUGAUAUGUCAGUUAUGUUGUUGUAGUUAUGAUGUUUGUUCGACUAUCGUCAUAAUCUACUCCAAGAACCAAUUUUUCAGUGUUUUGAUUAAAAACAUAUGAUUUAUUGAUUGAUGAUUUUAAAAUUUGUAAUUUUGAAAGCAAGUUUUGAUGAUUCCAAAGUCUAAAAAUAUCUUUUCGUAUGUGGAAAAUACGAAAGACUAAUAAAAUGUAAGAAGGAUCAUCCUUCCCGGAUAAUACCAAGAGGGAAAAUUUCAAUAUACUAAAUUAAGCCGACUGUCUUUCAGAUUAAUAAUAAUGUUAAUGGACUCGAGAUUAAUGUGCCUCAGCCGAUUUUUUAUACAGGAUAAUGAAAAAUAUACAAUUUUGGUUCAAAAAUAAGAAAUUUAGUAAAACUUUGGAAUUUUUCAAAAUUUGAAAUCUAUUAUCCCAAAUCUAUAAUUUUUGAAUUUGACUCUCAAUUUUAUUUUUAUCUCGACUCACAAUAAAUUUCACAGUUUCCCGCUUCCCAUUAAGACCCAUAUCUUCUAGUCUCAAAAUCAUUGUAUGUGUAGAACAAGAAAUCAACACUCAAAAACCUGAUAAGAACAGACUGAAAAUCAGGAAAUUGUUUUUCAGUAAGUACAUUCGAAAGUACAAUUCCGUGAUGGAAUGAAGAUUUAAUUUUAAAAUUGACACCUAUAAACUACGGAAAAGAAACAGACUUGCCGGAUUAAACAACAAUUUUUUUGACAUAACAAAACAUUUUCUGCAACAAAAUAACACAAAUUGUUAUCAUUGAUGUUGUUGAGGUGUUGAAAAAUUAAUUUUGGAAAUGUCGAAAAAAAAAGAUGUGAUCCCAGAUCUUCAUAAAAAGUUUUGGAGAUUUUUCAGAUCCUGAUCAAGUUUAUUUUGGUAAUUCUGAAAUGAAUAAAAAAGGCACUGUUUCUAGAGUUUACCGACGCUUCAAAUUUUGAAUAAUAGUUUUCCCAAGUUCCGAUCUAUGAUUGUACAUAGAAAAAUCCCCCAAAUCAUUCAUUCCAUCUUCAUUUUUCCACAAACAGUUUCAAUCUAUCACAUCCACUCCCAAAAAAUUGUGUUUUUGCUAUCUUUCACCGAAAAAAUAUCGCGUUCGAGUUAUUUUUUGUCGUAUUUUCGAAGAUGUUCAUGUGAAAAUCACGGUUUGAUUCAUUCAAAAACCCAUUUUUGAACAAUGGUCAGACGAUAUUUCAUCAUUCACGAAAAAAACCUAUUUCUUCUUUGUUUGGUUUGGAAGUUUCAUUUUUUGAACUUUGGACUAGGAAAUGAGAAAGCUAUGGGUUGAAAUUGAAUUUUAAAAAUAUAAGGAAAAAAUUUUCAAAAAAUUGUAACUCAACAUUUUCAAAAGAUUCUUAAUCUUCGGGAUACCACAUUAGAUUUUCCCAAAAAUUUCAGGAAUUCAGAAUUUGAUGAUUUUCUGAAUAUUCCAGAACUAUCGUAAAUCCAUCAAAAAAAAAACCCGGGAAUUUCGAAAUAUUUCGCAAAAUCCCCAUUCCCCAUAGCUAUUUCUCCAAGAUGGUAUUAGAUUGUGUUUGGAGAAAUGUGUCUUGUCCAUCUCUAAACCCUCUUCUUCUCUAAAUUGCAUCACUCCACAAAUGAUGAUAAUAUGAAACGGUUUAAGAAGAUCUAUGAAGUUAGAAUUUUAAUCUCAAUGUCAAUGUUUUUCCAGAAAUGAACUUGCAUUUGCAUUAGCUGCUUCGUAUAAUGAAGUCAACAAAUUAUUGGUUUUGGUCGCCUCAAUCCACAAAUAUUUUCCAACAACAAAAUUGUUGAUUUUUGAUAAAGAUAAUUCAGUAAGUGAAGAAGUACACAAGGAAGAAAUAGCAAAAAAACAGGUCUAGGUGUUAUAUUAAAUUACACAAAUUUUUGAAGAAAAGAAAAACAAUUGUAUUGUUCUUUAAAAAUGGGAGAAGAAUGAAAUAUAGUUUAGAUGUAUGUAUGUAUGUUUUUUUCAGACGCUUUUGCAAAAUCAGCUGAUAAGUAUACGAAAUGUGGAGGUUAUUCGAUUCAAAUUGCCUGUGGAAAUCCCUGCAAGAAGGAAAAUGAGAUUUUUGACGCCAUUUUAUCUCGAGGUUGAUUUUUUUUCACAUUUUGUAUUUGAUAUGGAAAGGAUAAGAUUUCAAAGAACAAACAAAAAAUUCACAUGAGUUUUUACUCCUCCCCUGAACAUUCAUCGAAACAAUUUUUUGAUGAUAUGAAAUGUGAAAACAUUUUAGACAAGUCAAACACGUUGUGAUUUUUGAAGAUCAUAUAACUAUCCAACCAGUUUUUCUUCCUCUUUCGUUUUUCCACUUUAUCAUGUGGUAGGAAAAAGAAAAAAGAUGAUGCAAACAUUUUUAGAUUUGUAAGAAAAAUAUAGAAAACUUUGACCCCACAUGGUUGAAGAAUUACAAAAAUGAUGCAAAAAUUGUUUUUGAUCAACUGUUUUGAGAUUUUUCAAUUUCGUCACUAUCAAAAUCACCUUGAACUAGAGUGACUUUGUGAACUAGAAAAAAAAAGUUUUAUGAAAAAAUUUAAAACAAAAUUGAACGAUAAGCUAGCGGGACAAUUUUGGAGAAACUUCAAAUUAAAAAAAAAGUUUUUCACAGUGUCUAGAAAAUACCGUAGAUCUUAUAUUUUUUAGUGUUCAGGUUUUCAGAAGCAACAUGGUUUUUUUUAAUUUUCUAGUCUGUAAGAUCUUUUUAAAAUUUUUUUUAGUUCAAAUUCAUUCUGAACUUUUUUUGUACAAAACAUGACCAUUUUCUCAAAAUUUUAUUGAUUUUCAGAACUUUAGAACCUAUUUUUCUUGCAAAACUUCCUAGUGGCUGUACAAUUCUGAAAUUCUGAAAACACUUUCAAAUUGAAAUGUCAUGUUGUUUUGCUUGAAAGUCGGAACUUCAGAAUUCUGAAAGAGUUCCUGGUUGCUUGAAAUUUGAAAAACCCCAAACCCCCAAAGGGUUUUCCAUAAUCAAAACCAUAUAAUUCUCAUUUUCAACAACCAUGACUCCUGACUACAAGAAAUGUGAUUAUUGUUUUUCAAAAAAAAGUCAUCAUAUCUUGCAAAAAAACUUUCUAUAGUUAUAGAUAGAUAGCGAAACUUUGACCCCAAAAUUCUUGAUUUUCUCAAAAAAUGAAAAUCACAAAGAUAGUCAACUGACGGCUGUUUUUUUCUUCAUCAUCGAAUAUAUUACGAUAUUAUCUUAUCUUCCAAAGGCAUAUAUUUUUAAAAAUCAAAAAUUCAAAAAGCAAAAGAUAUAAGUACAAUUGUCACGUCUCUAUAGAUUUAUACUGUAGUGAAUAGAAGUUUUGGCCUCUCUGAGGAUCAAAAUUCAAUGUUAAUGUUAAUUUUCUUUGUUUCAAACCAACCCCAUCAAUACAAAGCAAAAAUUAGUUUAAAAAGAAUACAAUCCGAAUCGAAUCAUCUGCUGCUAUUAACAAGAAAACGUGAUUUGUUUUCAGUUGAUUAGGUUUUCUGUUUUGUUGGUUUGGAGAAAACAACAGUUCCCUUCCUAUAGGGGAAAAAUCAAGAUCAAACCAUUAGCAAAACAUGUUAACAUUUUGAACGCACGUAAAUAACAGUGAUGAAUAAUGAAUCAUGAUGACUAUACGUCACGAGGCCAUUCUUCUUCUUCUUCUUUUUUCUAUUAAUUCUCUUCAUGAAAACGUGGUUAGCACAUGUUACGGUUUGAUUGCAGGAAUCGUUGAAACGAAAUUCAAAAAUCGCUUGGCUAUCCGUUGAUACAGAAUUUCAAAACGAUAAAUAUAUUGGAUUCAGUAACAAUCUUCGAAAGCAUCCAGUCAUCUAUACUUCACGUGAUAAAACGCGCAAAAUCACUUCAUCUGGUGAGCGUUCUUUGUGUUACAAUAAAAAAUAACACACGACAAUUACAAAUUAUCACGAAAUCUUUCAGGCUAUAGACAAUACUUCCCAACGACCACCGUUUCGUCAAACUUCCCGUUGAGUGCAAUAUUGAAAAAUGAUCGAACUUUAGAGGCGAUAAUCAAAUGGUGGGUUUGAACCCAUAGAACGAUUCGAUUGAACGUUUUAUGCAGUCAUGUGGGGUUGUUGAAAUGAUUCACGUAGAUAUGUUUGUUGGUGUUUUUAUCAACCAUCAAUUUGUUAUGUUUGAUCUACCAAGUGUGAAAAAAUAACUUUUUAAAAUGACGUGUCCUUAAAUCUAUUUUUAAAAGGGCUUUUGAACUUUGAAAAAUUUUUCCGUAUAAAAUAUCCUGGAGAAAUCUAGAAGAUUUUUCGAUUUUCAGGAUUCAAAAAUGUGCCUUGACCCCUGCUUGUUGGAGAUGUCGAAACUCAAAAUCCGAAGCAGAAGAUUGCACCUGGACAAUUCUACGACUUCUCGCAACGUCGGAGAAUAUUUUCCGGCAACUUGAAGAUUCAACAAACACAAUUGAAAAACAAGCAUGGUCUCCUCCAGAAUGUGAUAUUUAUUGCACAAUGUAUUUACUUGUCGUCACUUUCACUAUCGUUGUAGCUGUUGGAGCUCUCGCAUUGCUGCUUUUGAAACGAGCAACCAAGAAAAAUCAUAAGAAUUAA